CUUUCCCCUCAUUGAGGAAGAAGUGAGGAGGAACCCGGCGACGCGCAGUGCCUUUGCAGCAUCCCAGUCAUAUACAGAGAGAGGCGGGUGUCGGUUAGCUGUUGGUAUACGCAGACAUUUCCUCCCAUACUGACUGCGGGGCACAUACAGGCACAGACCUCCCCAGACUCCCAUUAGGAUAUUCUCUUCCCUGUUGGAGACUAUCUCCACCCCCCAAAUCCAGCAGCCAUGGCAGAUGACGCCGACAUGCGCAAUGAGCUGUCAGACAUGCAGCAACGCGCUGACCAGCUCGCGGACGAGUCACUGGAGAGCACUCGUCGCAUGCUGCAGCUGGUGGAAGAGAGCAAAGAUGCUGGCAUCAGGACUCUGGUUAUGCUGGACGAGCAGGGAGAGCAACUCGAUCGUGUUGAAGAUGGCAUGAACCAUAUCAACCAAGACAUGAAGGAAGCCGAGAAAAAUUUAAAAGAUUUAGGGAAAUGCUGUGGGCUUUUCAUAUGUCCAUGUAACAAGAUGAAGAGCGGAGCCAGUAAGGCCUGGGGGAACAACCAGGACGGGGUGGUGGCCAGCCAGCCCGCCCGCGUGGUGGACGAGCGCGAACAGAUGGCCAUCAGCGGAGGCUUCAUUCGCAGGGUAACAGACGAUGCCCGGGAAAAUGAGAUGGACGAGAACCUGGAGCAGGUGGGCGGCAUCAUCGGCAACCUGCGCCACAUGGCCCUGGACAUGGGCAAUGAGAUCGACACCCAGAAUCGCCAGAUCGACAGGAUCAUGGAGAAGGCUGAAUCCAACAAGACCAGGAUCGACGAGGCCAACCAGCGCGCCACAAAGAUGCUGGGCAGUGGCUAAGCGCCGUGCUCCCGCAGCACCAACGUCCUGGCGUCCCGCGCUGCACAUUGACAGGCGCUGACAUGCUUUCAUCAUGGUAUUGACCUUCUAGGUUUGCACACAUGCACAUAUCACCUCCCCCCGUCCCAUUGUAAAUGUUGUUCUGUGUGUCGUCUGUCGAGCUUUUUCAAGAUGAUUGUCCUCGUGAAAAGAUGAUUUCUUAUACUCCGUACGUCAUUCUUUCCAAAGGUUGUAUAUAGUGCUGACUUGAUGGCUCUCUAGCUCACCUGUGAAGUUUUUAUUCUCUUUAACAAAUAUAUAUAUAUCAUAUAUUAUUAAAUAUCAUAUAUAAUAUAUAUAUAUAUAUAUAUUAAAGUACACUGCUCUGGAUGACAAAUAUAAAAUAGGAAUGCUGUACAAGCUGUUGAUUUUAUUCUUUUUCCCUCUUCAAUAUCUCAGUAUCGUCUUAGUAAAACUGUGUCAUUUCCAUUUAGGCUCCUUAUUUUGGUGUUGUCACAACAAAAGGGAGACAAGUAAUGGAAAGACACGGGUUAAGGUUUACUAAGAGACGGUACAAGCGAGCACGAACGCAAAGAACACUUACAAUCAAAAGGCAGUUGUUGGUACAUUCUCCGUCAUCGCAAUCAUACUGAGUUACUGUUUAGACAAUGUGCAACUAGACUCUCUGUAGCUGUAUUAGACAUUGCAUUCCAGUGAUGUGACUUGUGCGUUCUCUGCAUGACAAAUGGUAGAUUUUAGUCUUAUAAAUAAAACCUGUCUGAAAAAUAUAUAUAAAAAACAACGCGGCAGUAGCAACUUGACAAAAACGCAUGCUCAGUAUUAGGACACAGUUGAUCGUUCCAUACUCCUGCAAGUUACCUGCAAUAGUGCCACUUCUUUCAGUCUCGAUAUAUUUACCGACUGUGACCAUCUCGUUGUACAAUAACUCGGAAAAGGGAUCAAAAAAAGCGCAACAAAGGUGAAAAAACGAGGACCUGGGGUUGUAUUGCAAAAAAAUUAAAAUAAACUCAAAUAAAAAAAAGGGACCUGUUUUCUAAACGAUUAUGCAGUUCAGUGAUUGAAGAUGUUGAUUGUGUUGCUGAGAGAUGAGAACGGGUUGUGUACUGUAACAUAGGUUUUGGAUGCUCUGAAAAAAAACGAAAUAAACGUUUGCAAUGUAAAGCAAAGACGCAUAUUUCUGAGAGACCUUACUUUUAUAAGACGACUGUACCUGUAAGUUUAUUCUCCCCGUAUGGUUUGUUAUUGGUGAAAGCUAACGAUAAUACUGAACAACCAUGUUAACUAUACUCUGAACCUAAAAACACAUACAAGGUUUUUUUGUUGCUUCUGUACUUUAGAGCUAUGCACACCAAAUCGCCAAAAUGUCGAGUAGUUAGAGUAAGGUGAUUAAAAACCUGAACCUGAAUGACACAACAGGUUAAACUGUGAGAUUGAUGUCCUCAACGCAUGUAAUAUUAACGACUCCCUCUCUGUAUCCUGUCAGUGUGUGAAGUGGUGGACAUUUUGUAGCUAGCUGAAUUAAUUAAAAGUAAUAAACCCUA